AUGGCCUCCUCAGCCCUCAUUUCGUGCAACGAAAUUAUCGCCAUCGACGAAGAGCUUUCAGACGAGAAUGUUGUGAAGAAAGAGGAGCUACAGUCGAUGAUUGCCGACUUCGACGCCGAGCUGGAAACCAACCCUCAAGAUACUCUUGCGGCAAUAGGAAAGUCAUUUUCGGAGUACUAG